CCUUUGCAGGAUUCUAUACUCGGAAAACAUAAGAAAAAUGACUUGUCUCAAAGCUUCAAUGCUGCCAUUUCUACUCUGUCUUCUCAUUUCAUUUUCAUGGGUCAUAUCAGCUCGCCCUCGUGAGGAUUUUCUAAAAUGCCUUUCCCUUCAUUUUGAAGACCCCGCUGUCAUGUCCAAUGUAGUUCACACCCCAUACAACUCCUCGUAUAGCUCUAUCUUGCAGUUCUCAAUACGGAACCUCAGGUUCAAUUCUUCUGAACUAAAACCUCUUGUCAUCGUUACACCAACGAAUGCAUCACACAUCCAGGCUGCCAUCCUUUGCUCCCAAAGACAUAACUUACAAAUUAGAAUACGGAGUGGCGGGCAUGAUUUUGAAGGUCUAUCUUACAUGGCAGCUCUCCCGUUUGUCAUAAUUGAUCUUAUCAGUCUACGAGCUGUCAAUGUUGAUGCAACGAAUAGAACUGCUUGGGUUCAGGCUGGUGCAACACUAGGGGAACUUUAUUAUAGUAUUUCUGAGAAAAGUAGAACUCUUGCCUUCCCAGCAGGUAGUUGCCCUACUAUAGGUGUUGGAGGACACUUUAGUGGUGGAGGACAUGGCACCAUGGUGCGCAAAUUCGGCCUCGCUUCAGAUAAUGUGAUUGAUGCUCAUUUAAUUGAUUCUAAAGGCAGGAUCCUUGAUAGAGCAUCAAUGGGAGAAGACUUAUUUUGGGCCAUACGAGGCGGAGGAGGGCAAAGCUUUGGAGUGGUUGUUGCAUGGAAAAUAAGUUUGGUUGAAGUUCCGUCCACAGUGACUAUGUUUUCUGUUUCAAGAACCUUGGAACAAAAUGCAACAAAGCUUCUCCAUCGGUGGCAAUAUGUUGCUAAUACGCUUCCUGAAGAUCUCUUCAUCGAUGUGCUAGUAACCAGAGUUAAUUCAAGUCAAGAAGGAAACACAACAAUACAAGCUACAUUCUUCUCCUUGUUUCUUGGUGAGGUUGACCAGCUUCUUCCUGUGAUGCAAGAGAGCUUCCCUGAGCUUGGUUUGGUAAAAGAUGAUUGUUUUGAAAUGAGUUGGAUUGAGUCGGUCUUCUACACUGGUGGAUUUACAAGAAAUGCAUCCUUGGAUGUGUUGCUAAAUAGGACUCCUCAAUCCAUACCAAGAUUCAAAGAAAAAUCUGAUUACGUUAAGGAACCUAUGCCUGAAAUUGCGUUUGAGGGGAUAUGGGAAAGGUUCUUUGAAGAAGACAUCGAGGCGCCUGCACUUAUCCUAAUCCCAUAUGGGGGGAAAAUGGAUGAGAUUUCGGAGUCUAGCACUCCAUUUCCACAUAGAGCUGGUAAUCUGUACGUAUUAGUCUCCAGUGUGUCUUGGAGAGAAGAAAGCAAGGAGGCAUCCCGAAGGCAUAUGGCUUGGAUUAGAAGGCUUUCCAGUUACUUGACUACAUAUGUUUCUAAAAAUCCUCGAGAAGCUUAUGUGAAUUACAGAGAUCUUGACCUCGGAAAAAAUAACCUGACAGGCACCACAAGUUAUAAACAAGCAAGCAUUUGGGGUCGAAAGUAUUUCAAGAACAACUUCGACAGGUUGGUACGCGUCAAGACUGAAGUCGAUCCUACCAAUUUCUUUAGAAACGAGCAGAGUAUCCCAUCUCUCUCAUCUUGGUGAUCAAAGGGAGCUACAAAGACACUGGGUCAGAACAAGAUUAAUGCUAAUAAUAAUAUUUCUUUUUAUGCAUCAUUUAUCAUAAGGUUUUUCUUCGUCAUCA